AUGCAGGUGCUGACGACCAGCACUGCCUCGAAGAAAAGCAACGCUGGCAGAGUGGAGAAGAAGCAGCGCACUUCAGCCCAGGACUCUCGCGCGAAGAAGCGCAAGGCCGCAGCUUUGGUUUACACGGGCAAGCGCGUCUCCAAGCCGUCUCCGGCAGAACAGCGCAGGAAGAAGUCUACAGUCUACCGAACCAGUGCUCACGCCGACCACUUCUUGGCCGUGCUCCGUGAGGUCGAAGCCGCGCAAGGGCGUAGCUGGAAGGCCAAGACUAGGGUCUCCGGCCUUGUCGAAGUGGAUGGAACAUCCCUUGGAAAGUUUGCGGCUCGAGCGUCCUGCAAGCGCUUCCAGCCGCAGAUCAAAGCAUUGACGGCGAAGUUGGCCCGUGCGGGCAAAGUAAUUCCCAAGGUGUUUUUUGCACACUACCAGGUGUUGGGAGUAAUGCGUCGGGGUGGCCCCCCAGUCCUGGCCAUUCCAGACUUGCCUGUGACUGUUCGUGGCAGCCGUCCUCCGACGGAAAGUCUUGAAGGCAUCCGUCAGACGGGCUUGUUGCACAAAGUGCCUUUGGCCCAGCGCCCCUCUACGACAAUUUUUUCCGAUGGCAACCGAGCUUGGCAGACACUUGCGCAGCAGCUCCGGAUGACAUCGCAUGCUGUCUGCCAUCAGAACAAGGACUUCGUGGUGCCAAGGGUCCCUCGCAAGACCGGCCAUGGGCAGGAUGCCCAUGAGGGUUUCUUGGUGCGAGCGUUCCGUGUUGUGGCAGCUGCCCCAAAAGCGGCUUCUGCUGCACAUCCUCACUUCAAGCUGACAGUUUCUAAGCCUGGGGCUUAG